AUGAGACCCGCAAAGCGGACGGGUGUGUUGGAGUUUGAGGAGUGUGAGAGUAUGACCGGAGGGAACGGCGACCGGUGCAGGGACUAUAAGAGCACGGCUGCGUCACUCCUCAAACAUCAGACGCAGACUGCACCAGAGAAGACCAGAUUCGGAUCCAGAACCAUGAGUCACGUAGAUGUGAAGAACAUCAAACCCACGUCCUUCGAGGAGGAACACUUCGACGAGUACGAGUUCUACAACCUAUCGGACAAGUACACAGAGGGAGCAGCUCGUAAAGAGAAAGAUCACAGAGAAACUGAAGAACAUGGAGAAGAAAGACUGACAGAGAUCGAAUCGGACGGCUUUUCUGGAAUUGAUGUUUUGUCUCUGUGA